AUGAGUACGACUGGACAUCGCGCUGGUUCUUUCAAAAAACCGGCAAAAACGCACAAAUCAUGGAAAGGAAAACGAACAAAAGGAGAAAUUACGACUGAAAAUCGAGGUCGUGAAAGUGUUCGUCAAAUUGUUCGAUCGGCUCAAAAUGCGCAUCGUUCACUUUCGAAAACGGUUCGAAAAAAUCAACAAAAACAAAUGAGAGAUCAGAAAUUGGCGGCGGCGAUUGAAAGACGACGAACAUCGCAAGCACCGGUUCUUGUGGUGAGAUUUUUUUCCGAAAUUCAAAAAUCACCCACCUGGAACUCGAGAUCUUGAUCGAAUUGUUUAAAAUUCAAAAAAUCUAGACUAAUCUAGGAGCAGCUAAAAUCUAGAAAUGAUCCUAAUCGAAAAACGUGAACUGAAAUAAUUCAAAUCAAAACGUGAGCAUUUUUUCCAGACAGUUUUAUCACUCGGACAAGGCGCUCGACCAAUUGAAUUCAUCAAAAAAUUGGAAAAAUGCGAUGAAACAAUUGUGCAAACGUCCUCGAUUUCCACUAUCAAUUUAGCGUAAGUUCUGCUCUUUGUUUUUCCGCCCAAAUGUUCCAUUUUGCAGGGUUCCCCGAUUCAAAUCAAGAUUGUCGUUUUUGACGCCGGAAAAAGAGAACAUGGAUGCGGUUUUGGAUUCGGUUAGGGUUAGUUUUCAGAAUUCAGGAUUCACUGGAAAUGGGCUCUGAGGGAUCUAGGAGAGCCUGGGCUUUUAGCCUAGACAUCAGGCUUAGGCUGUAGGCUUGGGCCUCACACUCUCAAAGGGGCUUAGCCCAGACAUUAGGCUUUAGGCUUUAUUAUGAACUUCACCUUAGGCUUAAAUUUUCAAUCCCUAAAGGAAAAAUGCGAUAUUCUGGUAUUUCUGCAGGUGUAAAAGCGGAGUAUCGUUUAGUAUAACAACAAUGAUCCACGUUUACACCUCCAGAUUUUCGGGUUCAGCUAAAAAAAAACCGAAAAAGUUACAAAAUUCUCUAAUUCUCAAAUUUUUAGAUCUAAUAUAGCAAAACCCAGCAUUGCUCAUAUUACACCUCUUGAAAUUUGGAAAAAAUGCUAUUUUUCAGGCUUCUGAUAUUCUUUGCUUUUUAUGGCCAAUGAACGCUGAAUUAUCCGAAUGGGAUGAACAACUUCUAACAAUUAUCAAAGCCAAUGGAAUGCCAACUAUUGUUAAUGUUGUGCCUGGAUUAGGAGGUGUUACGAGUCAGAAGAAAAAAGAGGAUAUUAGGAAGAGUAUUGAAUCGAUUAUUUCGCAAUGGCAAGUUUUUUUUCUUUAUUUUCAAGCCCAAAAAACGGUCAAAAAUCAUUCCAGGAGUGUCAGUUGUGCUGGAGUUCUUCCGGCUGAUUCUCCAACCGAUGGAUUACAAUUAUUGCGUACUUUCAACGAGACGAAAAAGAAGCCAUUGACCCUUCAAGCUCGUCAUCCCUAUAUUUUGGCUGAAAAUUUGCAAAUCACCCAGGAAAAUGCUGAAAAUUGCGCACUCGCUGUUGAUGGAUAUUUGAGAGGUCCCGCGUGGAAUGCGAAUAAUCUUGUAAAUAUUCCGGGUUUUGGUGAUUAUCAAAUUGAUCGAAUUGAAAUUGUCGCCGAUCCGCAUUCGAUGAAAAAUGGAAAACCAAUUGAGGAACCGAUUGUUAUUGCGAAACCUGGAGAGAAGAUUCAGAGUUUGGAAACGGAAAUCACGCCGGAUUCGAUGGAUGCGGAACAAACUUGGCCGACACAAGAAGAAUUGGAAGAGGCGGAGAAAAGACGAGUUCCGAAGGGAACGUCGAGUUAUCAAGCUGCGUGGAUUUUGGAGGAUGAAGAAGAUGAAGAUGAGGAUGAUGAUGAGGAUGAUAUGGAUGAUGAAGAGGAUGAGGUAACUUGGGAAAUCAGGCCUUUUCCGGAAAUUUUCCGAAUUUCCGGUUUUAUCAAGAAAAAAUAAAUUUUCCGGUUUUUUCAAGUAAAAAUCAAUUUUCCGGUUUUUUCAAAAAAAUUAAUUUUCUGUUUUUUCUAGAAAAAAUCAAUUUUCUGGUUUUUUUCAAGAAAAAAUCAAUUUUCCGGUUUUUUUCAAGAAACAAUCAAUUUUCCGGUUUUUUCAAGAAAAAAUCAAUUUUCCGGUUUUUUUCAAGAAACAAUCAAUUUUCUGGUUUUUUCAAGAAAAAAUCAAUUUUCCGGUUUUUUCAAGAAAAAAUAAAAAUUCUCAAUUUUCCUAAUUUGACGAUUUUUUGAACGUAAAACGUCUCAAAUAGUUACUAAAUUACCACCUGUGAAUAGAAGAAUUGUAGAUAAAAAUAAGUAAAAAAUUUUGAAUUAUCCGGAUUUUCCGGUUCAAAAAAUCCGGAAAUUGAAGAAUUACUAACUGUCAAAAUUGCCAGGUCUUUGAGAAAAUAAUUAAUUUUCCUGAACACAAUUUUCCUUUUUUUCAGAUGAUGGAAGAUGGAGAAGAAGAGGAAGAAGAAGAGCACGGAAUAAAUGGAGAUCUUCAAUCAGAAGCCGGUGAAACAACAGCAAGUGAAAUGAUUGAUUUCGACGACGAGGAUAUUGAUUUGAGUGAAGUGGAAAAAUAUAGAAAAGAACGGGAAAAUGCACAAUGGCCUGAUGAAGUUGAUACACCGCUCGAUGUUCCAGCUCGCUCGCGAUUCCAAAGAUAUCGAGGACUCAAAAGUUUCCGAACCUCCCCUUGGGAUCCGAAAGAGAAUUUGCCAUUGGAUUAUGCGAGAAUUUUCCAAUUUGCGAAUUAUAAAAAGACGAAAAAGACGGUUUUGUCGAAGAUUGGAGAAAAUGAUUUGGAUAGCGGAGAUGCGGUUGUUGAUAGAAAAUAUAAUGGGGUUUAUGCGAGAAUUCAUUUGAUUAAUGUUCCAUUGGCGGUUAAAGAGGGAUUAGAGAACCUGAAACAUUUGGUUCUUUUCCAACCACUUCCACAUGAGCAGAAAAUGUCAAUUUUGAAUAUGGUUUUGAAGAAACACGCGAGUUGCACAAUUCCAAUUGAGAGCAAUCAAAAAUUCAUUUUCUAUGCUGGUUUCCGACAAUUUGAGGCGGAUGCCGUGUUCUCUUCAAAUACGCCAAGCGACAAAUUCAAAAUGGAAAGAUUUAUGCCGAAUGAGAAGACGUUUGUUGCAACGGUUUAUGCGCCGAUCACUUUCAAUCCGGCGACUGUUUUAUGCUUCCGACGGGAUGAUAAAGGAAGACAGGAGUUGGUUGCGACUGGAUCGGUUCUGGAUAGUAAUCCUGAUCGAAUUGUACUCAAGCGAAUUGUGUUGUCUGGACAUCCGUUUAAAAUCAAUAAAAGAGCUGUUGUUGUUAGAUAUAUGUUCUUCAAUAGAGGUUAGUUUUGAAAACUCUGGAUCAGGCCUGUUCCGGAAAAUCAAAACCCGGAAAACGGAAAGUCGGAAAAUUUCCGGAUUUUUUGAAGCGGAAAAUCCGGAAAAUUUUUCAAGGUCUGAAAUUCGCGAUUUUCAGUCUUAAGUUGGUACUAAAACUUAUUUUUAUCUACAAUUCUUCUAUUCACACAUAAUUUUUGAGACGUUUUACGUUCAAAAAAUCGUAAAAUUUGAAAAAUUGAAAACAAAAUUUCACAAAUGUUAUUUUUUUUAAAUCAUAAACUGAGAAAAUACCAAAAUUUAGGCAAUAUCAAAAUAUUACUACUAGAAAUCAUUUUACGAAUUUUCCGAGCACAUUUUCCGGAAAAUUGAUUUUUUCUUUAAAAAAUCCGGAAAUUCUGAAAAUUUCCUGCAUAGGCCUGCUCUAGAUAUUUCUUUUCAAUUGCCUAUAUAAAAUCUUUAAAAUUUCAGAGGACAUUGAAUGGUUCAAACCAAUCGAAUUGUAUACACCAAGUGGUCGACGUGGUCAUAUUCGUGAACCGGUUGGAACACACGGACAUAUGAAAUGUCGAUUCGAUCAACAACUGAAUGCUCAAGAUUCGGUCAUGUUGAACUUGUAUAAACGAGUCUUUCCCAACUGGAAUUACACGCCAUUUGUGAGUUUUCGGAAUUUUUUAGAGUCAAAAUUAUUUUUUUUUUCAAAUUUUGUAAUAAAAUUCAAAAAAUGGUGAUUUCUAUUGAACAUUUUGCUGAAAAAUUGAAAAUAUAUGAUUUUCCAGGCUCGCGAUGUUGCUCCAUCCCGUUUUGUUGAACGUAGUCGCUCAAAUGUCAUCAGUCUUAUCCGAGACGAUGCUAUGGAGCAAUAA